UGCGCGUCCUGUAUCUAUGGAGACAACAACACGGCGGCGCUGUGAGUUCCGCACCGAGUGGCCAGGGAGAAGGUAUUUGUCUUAAAAGACUGAUUUCUCUGGGACAUCGUGGUCAAGGGGCUCCUCCAUCUUCUCAUAGAGCCCUGUGAGACUGUGACUUGGACGUGGUCAAUCAGACCGGAGAUCCCCAAAACAAAGGAGGAACAGCUCUUGCAUUUCUUGGAUUCCAUCUGAGCAUCCACUUUACAACUGAAGGUGCCCAACUCCUACCCAGGCAACCCCAAGCUCCAUCAUGAGGCCUGGAGACAGUGGAGACUGUACUGUGAGCUCUGGUGAAUCAUGCCUGAGUGCCAGCACAACAGCUGUUCCCACCAUCAAUGGCAGCAGCAUGGGCAUGAGUGCUUGUAGCAACAACAUCAGUGCCCAGCCUGCCAGUCCCUUAGACACUCGAGUGUGCUUCCCUAAGAAGCAGGACAGAGUGAAGAAGAGGGUUGUCUGGGGCAUUGAGGUGCCUGAGGAACUGCACUGGAAAGGCUGGGAGCUGGGGAAGGAGACCUCAAGGAACCUGGUUCUGAAAAAUCUCACCUUGAAAAUCCAGAAGAUGAAGUACAGGCCUCCCAAUACCAAGUUCUUUUUCACGGUCAUCCCUCAGCCCAUCUUCCUGAGCCCGGGCAUAACCCUCACGCUUCCUAUUGUCUUCCGGCCUCUGGAGGAGAAGGAGUACACAGACCAGCUGUGGUUGGAGAAAGAAGAGGGGAUGUUCAGUGUAGAACUGAGGGCCACCCUGCCCUACCACAAGCUGGUCUGCCCACCGUGCCUGCAGCUGCCCAUGUGUGCCAUUGGGGACAUAGCCGAGGCCUGGUUCUGCCUGAACAAUGUGGGGGACCUGCCCACCUUCUUCAACUGGGAGUUCCCCAGCCCUUUCCAGAUACUCCCCACCACGGGGCUACUGGAGCCAGGCCUGGCCUGUCGGAUCAAAGUGACCUUUCAGCCCCUCAUAGCUGUCAUCCAUGAAGUUGAGGCCACGUGCUGGUAUGGGGCGGGCAGCAGGCAGAAGAGCAGCAUUCAGCUGCAGGCUAUAGCUAAAUGCACCCAGCUGCUGGUGAGCAUAAGGCACAAGCAAGCGGGGGACCAAGAUGCUGAGGGCUCCCAGAAGCUGUUGCACUUUGGCUCUGUUGCCGUGGGAUGCACCGCCGAGAGGCAGAUCAAGCUGUAUAACCCAUCUGCGGUGAAUGCCCCCUUCAAGAUUGAAAUGGCCCCAGACAUUCUGGACAAAGACCAGGCCUUCUCAUGCUCCAUGGGCCAUGGCAUCGUCCCCCCAGGAGAGAAGAAACUAGUGUCAAUGUUCUUCCAUCCCAAGACCCUGGACAGCAGAGCUGUGGAUUACUUCUCCAUCAUGCCUUCUGGCAGUGCCUCCCAAACCCUGCUCCAAGUUGUUGGUUUCAGUACAGGUCCUGCUGUGUCCCUGCAGCACUACUGUGUCAACUUCAGCUGGGUCAACCUCAGGGAGCGCUCGGAGCAGACCCUGUGGAUUGAGAACCAGUCAGACUGCACGGCCCACUUCCAGUUUGCCAUUGACUGCCAGGAGAGUGUCUUCAGCAUCAGGCCCCACUUCGGGACUCUGGUGGGCAAGACCCGCAUGACCCUGCACUGUGCCUUCCAGCCCACUCACCCCAUCAUCUGCUUUCGGCGAGUGGCCUGUCUCAUCCACCACCAGGACCCACUGUUCCUGGACCUGAUUGGGACCUGCCACUCAGACAGCACCAAGCCAGCCAUCUUGACCCCUCAGCAUCUCACCUGGUAUCGGACACACCUGGCUCGAGGCCUGACACUCUACCCUCCUGACAUCCUGGCUGCUAUGCUGAAGGAGAGGACACUGCAGCGGGGCAGCGAUGGGGCCCUCAUGCUGCCCCCCAAGGACCUGGAGGAAACAAAAGCCCCACAGCACCCCUGUAUCCCCCCCAUGAUGGAGUACUUCGUUGAUGGCACCAGGGACAUGGCCAUCUUUCCCCCGCCCAUCAGUAUAGAACCAGCUGAGGUGGACUUUGGUGGCUGCCCUGGGCCUGAGGCCCCCACCCCUGCCCCCCUGUGCCUGAGGAACCACACCAAAGGCAAGAUUACAGUGGUCUGGACGCGCAGGCCUGACUGCCCCUUCUGGGUGACCCCAGACACCUUUGAUGUGCCCCCACUCAAGUCCAUGGCCAUGCGCCUGCACUUCCAGCCACCUUGCCCCAACUCUCUCUACACUGUGGAGCUUGAGGCCUUCGCUGUCUACAAGGUCCUGCAGAGCUACAACAGUAUUGAGGAGGAUUGCACUGUGUGCCCAUCCUGGUGUCUGAUGGUGCGGGCACGAGGCCACAGCUAUUGUGCUGCCUUGGAGCAUCACGUCCCCCAAUAUUUCCUGGAUGUGCCUGAGCUAUUUCCCGCAGUGUCCUCCGGCAAGCCUUCCUACCGCACCCUGCUCCUGGUCAACAAAGGCUCCAUGCUGCUGACCUUCAGCCUGACCCUCAACAGCAGCUCAGACAUCACCCUGCGGCCCACCUCAGGCCUUGUAGCCCCUGGCACCCACCAGAUCUUCCUCAUCAGCACCUACCCCAAGGGUACCUCCUGGAAGCAGCACAUUUUCUACCUGGAGUUCAAUUUUGGGUCCCAGUACCUCAAGGAGGUGAUCAUGCAGAGCCGAGAGGAGCCACUGCAGCUGAAGCUGGACACCUGUAAAUGUGUCUUCUUCAAGCCCACAUGGGUGGGCUGCUCCUCCACCAGCCCCUUCACCUUCCGCAACCCUUCACGUCUGCCCCUGGAGUUUGAGUGGAGGGUCUCCCAGCAACACCGAAAGACUUUGGCUGUCCAGCCCUCUAAAGGGGUGAUCCAACCCAACGAGAGCCUUACACUGACAUGGAUCUUCAGCCCUUUGGAGGAGACCAAAUACCUGUUCCGAGUGGGGAUGUGGGUCUGGGAAGCUGGCCUGCCCCCAGAUGCCAAGUCCCCUGCCACUACGCACUACAUGAUCCGGCUGGUGGGCUUGGGUGUCACCAGCAGCCUCUCUGCAGAGGCAAAGGAGCUGGACUUUGGGAACCUACUGGUGGACAGCAAGCAGUCCAGGAAUCUGGUGCUCCUGAACGAUGGCAACUGCACCCUCUACUACCACCUGUACCUGGAGCAGCGCAGCCCCGAGGGCCUUGACCAUGAUCCCCCCGCUCUGCAGCUGGACCAUUCCGAGGGGAGCAUGCCGCCUCACUCCCGGGAUACCAUCAGCCUGACCGCCUGCCCCAAGCACAGGUCCCAGUACUCCUGGACCAUCAGCUACUCUCUCCUGUCCCACAGAGAUAACAAGGUUGGUGAGAAGCAGGAGCUGUGUCAUGUCUUCCUGGUGGCCGUGUACCCCUUACUCUCCAUCCUGGAUGCCUGCCCCAUGGGCGGGGCUGAGGGCCUCACCCGCAAGCACCUGUGGCGCCUCUUCUCCCUGGAUACCCUCAAUAGUUACUUGGCCUGUGACCCCACCCCCUGUGAGCUCACCUACAAGGUGCCCACCCGGCACAGUGUGAGCCAGAUCCCCCCAGUCUUUACCCCUCUGAAACUUGACUUCAAUUUUGGGGCGGCACCACUCAAGGUCCAGCCCUCUGUGGUGCUCCUGGCCAUGAAGAACAGUGGAGUGGUGCCCUUGGACUGGGCCUUCCUCUUUCCCAGUGACCAGCGGAUCGGGUUGGAGCCGUGGGCAGAGCAAGUAGAGUUUGACUGCACUGAGCUCCACCAAAUGCGCACCGAGGACAAUCACAUCUUCUCCAUCAGCCCCAAGGCUGGGAGCCUGAGCCCAGGGCAGGAGCAAAUUGUGGAAUUCAAAUACAGCCACCUAUUCAUCGGCACCGAUCGCCUCCCCGUGCUCUUCAAGGUGUCCCAUGGCCGGGAGAUCCUGCUAAAUUUCAUAGGUGUGACAGUGAAGCCGGAGCAGAAGUACGUGCAUUUCACCUCCACCACUCACCAGUUCAUCCCUGUCCCCAUCGGUGACACGCUACCCCCACGGCAGAUUUAUGAGCUGUAUAAUGGUGGCUCAGUGCCUGUGACAUAUGAGGUCCAGACCAGCAUCCUGUCACACAUUCAAGAAAAAAAUUUUGAUCACCCCAUCUUCUGCUGCCUUAACCCCAAAGGGGAGAUCCAGCCAGGCACCACUGCUCAGGUCUUAUGGAUCUUUUCACCCAUCGAGGCCAAGACCUACACAGUGGACGUGCCCAUACACAUCGUGGGAUGGAACUCAGCCCUCAUCCACUUCCGGGGAGUGGGAUAUGACCCCCAUGUCAUGGGGGACACAGCCCUGUUCCACAACAUCUCCUCAUGGGACAACAGCUCCAAGUGCUCUAGGCUGAUGAUUCCUGAACAGAAUGUCUUUCUAUCCCAGUCACAUAUCUCCCUGGGAAACAUCCCUGUGCAGAGCAAGUGUAGACGCCUCCUCUUCCUCAACAACAUCUCCAAGAAUGAGACGGUCAUCUUUGCCUGGCAGCCAAGGCCUCUACACUUUGGGGAGGUAUCUGUGAGUCCCAUGACAGGGGAGGUGGCCCCUGAAGAGACAGUCCCCUUCGUGGUGACUCUGAAGGCCUCAGUGCAUGCCAGCUUCUACAGUGUGGACCUGGUAUGCAAGGUGUACCGGCAGGAACUCAUGAGACGAUACCACAAGGAGCUGCAGGAGUGGAAGGAUGAGAAGGAACGACAGGAGGUGGAGUUCACCAUUACAGACAGGAAAGUGGAGAGCAGAGCAUACUGUACAGUCUGUGACCCUGUAAGGAGGUACAAGACCUUGCCUCCCAUCAUGAACCAGCAGUCUUUCAGCCGGCCAGCCAGUUGGAAUCUGCGGCUCACAAAGGAAGAGACAUCCUGGCCAUGCCCUCAGCCGCCCAUGCCAGACAUGCUCAGCCUGGACCUCACUGCCAGAGCCCAUGCCACCGACUACUUCCUGGCUAACUUUUUCUCAGAGUUUCCCUGCCACUUCUUGCACUGUAGCACUGUUGCAGCCACUCAGAGUAUCCUGACCUACCCCAGGGAUCUUCCAAAGAGGAAGACCCACAGAGAAGAGUCAGAGGCUUCGGAGGAAGACUCCCCUAACAAUGAGAGCCCCGUUUCUAAGCAGAAGAAGCAACUCCUGAUUGACUGCCUCACCACUAUCAUCAGGGGCCUGCUAGAAGAUAAGAACUUCCACGAGGCUGUGGACCAAAGCCUGGUGGAGCAGGUGCCUUACUUCUGCCAGUUCUGGAAUGAGAAGUCAGCCAGGUUCAUGGCCCAAAACAGUCUGUACUCAGUGCCAACUCUGCCUAGGCCCUCCAGCACCUUGGAGGACAGGAAAGGCAAGGAGCAGGAGAAGGAUAAACAAAGAUUGGGGAAGAAGGAAAAGGGGAAAGAGGAGAAGGGAGAGAAGGAAGAGGGGGAGCUGGAGGGGGUAAAUGAGGAAGAAGAGACUGAAGAGGAGGAGGAGCAGGUGACAGAGGAGAAGGACCUGAAGAAGCCCUGGUGGAGGACUGAGCCUGCACCAGAGCUACAGCCCAGUUCCCAGCAGUCCCUGCAGUGGCAAUGGCAGCAGGAUCUGAAAGUCAUGGAGGAGGAGGAGCAAGAACAAGAUGACAAGGAGGCCACUGGAAGGCUACUCGCCUUCGCCAACCUGAGGGAGGCGCUGCUGGAGAACAUGAUCCAGAACAUCCUGGUGGAGGCGAGCCGCGGGGAAAUGAUGCUCACCUCGAGGCCCCGCAUCAUUGCCCUGCCACCUCUCAGCACGCCCAGGACUCUGACCCCAGAUCCGUUGCCGCGGAUGCAGCCAGCGUCGGUAGCCGAACCCGUGGCUGCACGUCUUACUUACUCUGCUGAUGCCCUCGAACAGCCCCUCUGAACUGCCGCCCUAGAUUCUCCCGACCCCUCUCCACCGCCCGGCCAGUAAAGCAUCUAGC